AGAAAAAUAAAAUUGCGUUCUCAUAUUUUACGCUUAAUAGAAAUAUAGACACAAGUGGCAUACUACGAUAUUGAUGAAUACAGUUAGUUAGAACAAGAAUAUGGUACUAAAUAUAUCAUCGUUUAUGUAUAGUAUGUAAACAUUUGAACAAAUGCGCUGUUAUGGAAAGAAGAAUCUAGAAUGUCGAUGCCGUACGUAUUGUAGUCGAUGAUAUUAUGAAAAAUACACUUUUAUGUUUAUCACAACUCGAUAAGACUGUAUCGGUGGUGUAGUUGUGUCAUGGACCCAUGGUACGACUGCAGUGCUAAGGUCUCGGAUUCAAAUCCCAGGUCAAGGUGUGAGCCCGGGUUUAUGGAAAUUGCGCCCAACAAGGCGAUAGACUCGUUUCCUAUCUUGAGACAGAAUACACGUGGCGGAAUGUGGGUGCAACACUUGCGUCUCGCCCUACCCUUUCGGGGUUUAAAGGCGUGACUGUGAGUAGGAAUAUUUUAUUAACCCAACCUGGAUUCGAACCCAGAUUCUCUACUCUCUAUCAUCUGUAGAAAUAUAAAACAAUAUUUAUAUUGUUCCAUAUACUUUAUAUAAGUAGGUAAGCACGGAUGGCACGGAACAAAAAAAUCCACUUAAAUUACUUGUUUUUCAUUAAAGAAACUCGCAAACCACAUCACGCCAUUUCCAACCGUAAUUAUGUCCUUAUAUUUUAUAUUAUGAAACUUAUUUUAUUCACUCAAGUGGCUCUUUUCAGUAUAUAGUUGCGCGUACUUAGAUUAUUUUUAUUUAAGUCCCGGUUCUUUCAAACAGUUUUAACGUGGUUGUGUUAAUACUGGUUAUUUCUAAGUGACGGUUCUCAUAAUAGAGAUUUUUAAUUAGUGAAUACAUGACUGUUUUGUUAGUUAUUGUAUUGAACGUCUUGAAAUUAGUGGUGAAGUAUUACAAAUAUAAAUUACUGAAUGACAAUGUUAUUUCAUUUUACAAUGUUGUUUGUUAUACUAAAUUAAAUUAGUUUUAGCAGUGAGAGUGAGUGAAACAAACAUAGAAAGAAAAUGCAUGUACGUGAAGCAAACGUGAUUUUCUUACGUAAUAUAAUUUACGUAGCAAAUGAAGCCGGCACUUAACCACAAACAUAUUUAAAAAGAAAAAUAAUCAACUCAAUUUUAUCACACGCUACGAACAGUAUAAAUUCUCAGCAAAAAGAAGUUAUUAAUAUACAGCUGCUUGUAAUUACUGCCGGAUACUGCUGCGAACAGAUUUUUCUAUUGACGUUGUUUUGGUUUAAAGAUAUCCAGUGACAUGGAAGGUAGAUUCGAUAAAUACCCAACCAGCCCAGCAUUUGUCCUGAGCGACAAGUCAUCAGAAGACGUUGGCAGGGCAAUGAUCGAGGGUGGUUUGCAGAAGCAACCUUUUUUCAUUUUCAACAUGGACGAGGCCUUCCGACGAAUCCAACAUUUCAAGGAUAUGAUGCCUCGUGUUAAAAUAUUUUACGCAAUGAAAUGUAACGACACAGAAAUGAUGUUGAAAUUGGCGAUAUCACAAGGAAUCGGCUUUGAUUGUGCAUCGCCUGGAGAAAUUUAUAAGUUGAGGAAACUGAACGUCUGUCCUACGAGAAUUAUCUACGCGAUGACCUCAAAAACUCCAGAACAGAUGGCGUACGCUCGAAAGUCCGGAGUGCGGCAUACGACGUUCGACACCUCGUACGAACUUAAGAAACUCGUUGAACACUGGCCAGAUGCACGACUUCUUAUCCGCAUCCGAGUGGACAGCGUUUGCAAAGUUGCUUUAGGAGACAAGUUCGGAUGUGAUUUUGAUAAAGAAGCUAUUGAUCUGUUGGAAGAAGCAGCUAGCCUUGGUUUAAAAGUGGUAGGAGUAGCAUUCCACGUCGGUUCCAUUUGUUCGUCUCCUGAAAGCUAUGUGACAGGGCUGCAACACGCUCGAGCUCUAUUCGACCACGAGGCAACAGCGGGGCGAGAAAUGAAAAUCGUGGACAUCGGCGGUGGAUUUCUUAGUGAGAGAACGGAUUGUAUUGACCAGGUCUCGAAACUAAUCACAGCUGCUGUAGCCGAAUUGUUCCCAGAUCCAAGUAUUCAAAUCAUCUCCGAGCCUGGGAGAUACAUUAGUGAUUCUUCUUUCACAAUGUACUGCAGCAUCAAUAAUGUUCGAAGGUCGAUAAAAGACGGAAAACAAAUGAACAUGAUAUAUAUAGACGAUGGUGUGUACGGAUGCCUGCGAGAUGUUGAGAAAUGGCAUUAUCCCAAAAAAUUUAAACGAUCAACGGAAAAUGACACGGGGCCUCUCGAGGAAGCCACGUUAUGGGGUCCCAGCUGCGACUCCGAGGAUCGUAUAAUGCAAGACUACACGAUCCUCCUACCACGGUGCGUGGCUCUGGACUGGCUCAUCUUCCCAGGAUCGGGGGCUUACACCAUCACAGUUUCCACCAGAUUUUCCUGUCUAGAAAUUCCUUUGAUACGCUCUGUCGUUUCUUUGGAGUUAUGGAAUCGAAUAAAAGAUAAUGAAGUGUUCGCGGCUAACGAUUUUAUAUUAAAUCCGGAUUUAUCGACACCACUUCCGAGUACUUCGCCGCCUUUGCUUCAAAAUCACACGCUUUACGAACGUCAAUAAAUCGCACGACAUAAAAUUUGAGAUCUUUAUAUUGUACUAGUAUAUUUUAUAUCCGCCCGGAUAGCCACCACCGUACACUAGGUGUUAAAACUCGCCAUAGUGGACCAUAGUGCGUUCCGGGAGCCUGUGUAUA